AUGGGUGCUGCUGAAAACAGCCUUGAAAUGGAGGGUACUUUGGAGAUUGGCAUGGAGUAUAGAACUGUCUCUGGUGUUGCCGGACCUCUUGUCAUCCUUGAAAAAGUCAAGGGACCUAAAUACCAAGAAAUUGUCAAUAUUCGUCUUGGGGAUGGAACUACACGACGUGGUCAAGUUCUCGAAGUUGAUGGGGAGAAAGCUGUUGUCCAGGUUUUUGAGGGAACAUCUGGAAUUGACAACAAAUACACAACUGUACAAUUUACAGGAGAGGUUUUGAAAACUCCUGUUUCUUUGGAUAUGCUUGGUCGCAUCUUCAAUGGUUCAGGGAAGCCCAUUGACAAUGGUCCACCUAUAUUGCCAGAGGCGUACUUGGAUAUUUCUGGAAGUUCUAUCAAUCCCAGUGAGAGAACCUAUCCUGAAGAGAUGAUUCAGACAGGGAUAUCCACAAUUGAUGUCAUGAACUCUAUUGCCAGAGGACAGAAGAUUCCUCUCUUUUCUGCUGCAGGUCUUCCCCACAAUGAAAUCGCCGCUCAAAUUUGUCGUCAGGCUGGUUUGGUUAAGCGUUUAGAGAAGUCAGAUAAUCUGCUUGAGCACCAGGAGGAUGACAACUUCGCCAUUGUGUUCGCAGCAAUGGGUGUGAACAUGGAGACUGCGCAAUUUUUUAAACGCGAUUUCGAGGAAAAUGGGUCGAUGGAGAGAGUGACACUUUUCCUUAACUUGGCAAACGACCCCACUAUUGAACGUAUCAUCACUCCUCGUAUUGCUCUCACGACGGCUGAGUACUUAGCAUAUGAAUGUGGAAAGCAUGUCCUUGUCAUUCUCACUGACAUGAGUUCCUACGCUGAUGCUCUUCGUGAGGUCUCUGCUGCCCGUGAAGAAGUGCCUGGAAGGCGUGGUUACCCAGGUUACAUGUACACUGACUUGGCUACCAUAUACGAGAGAGCAGGACGAAUUGAGGGGAGGAAAGGUUCCAUCACUCAAAUUCCCAUUUUAACCAUGCCAAACGAUGAUAUUACGCAUCCCACACCAGAUCUGACAGGAUACAUCACAGAGGGCCAAAUCUAUAUUGACAGACAACUUCACAAUAGACAGAUAUACCCUCCGAUCAAUGUCCUGCCAUCUUUGUCUCGUCUAAUGAAGAGUGCCAUUGGGGAGGGUAUGACUCGCAGGGACCAUUCUGAUGUUUCUAAUCAACUGUAUGCCAAUUAUGCUAUCGGAAAGGACGUCCAGGCCAUGAAAGCCGUGGUUGGAGAAGAGGCUCUUUCUUCCGAGGACCUGCUAUAUCUUGAGUUCUUGGACAAAUUCGAAAGGAAGUUUGUGGCUCAGGGAGCUUACGAUACACGGAAUAUCUUCCAGUCACUCGACCUGGCAUGGACUCUCCUGCGAAUCUUCCCCCGUGAGUUGCUUCACCGUAUACCCGCGAAAACCCUUGAUCAGUUUUACAGCCGUGAUUCGACCAACUGA